AUGGCAUAAAACUAAUUAUAUAAUAGGAGAAUGAAAUUAGAAUGUGAAAUAAUAAAAGUAUCAAAUGAAAUAAGUGAUGUGAAUUUGUAAGAUCCAUUAUAUAAAAUGCCUCCUGCAGGUGUUUUUACAAAACAAUUAGAAUAAUAUUUGUAAUUUAUAUCAAUCAAAUUAUGGACUGAGUAAAAGGGAGAUGUUGCAGUUAAUUCUUUAAAGGAUCUACCUAUUAUAAUAGAUACUUAAUUGUAUUUAGCUGCAUAUACAAAAUUUGAAUAAAGAGGAGAUGUAGUGUUAUUAAAUAACAAAUAUAAUUAUAAGAAUUUGGGUGAAUUACCAAAUAGAUUUAAGAUUGGUACAUCAUCACUUAGAAGAAUUUCAAUAAUUAAAAAUAGAUAUCCUAAAUUAAAUUUAAUAAAUAUUAGAGGAAAUCUAAAUACACGUAUCUUAAAACUAGAUUAAGGAUAAUAUGAUGAAUAAUUCUAGCAAAAGCUGGUAUUUUAAGAUUAGGUUUGGCUGAUAGAGAGAAAGAGUUCCUUUAUACACCAGCAUAAGCAGCCUUAGGAAUUUAAUGCAGAAAGGAUGAUAAGGAUACAAUAGAAAGAUUAUAAAUUUGAAAUGAUACAGAUUCAUAAAAGAGAUGUGUAGCUGAAUGAAUGUUCUUAAAUUAAUUAGAAGGUGGAUGCAGAUUAUUAAUUGCAGUAUAUAGUGAGUGUAGAGAAGAUGGUUAAGUAUAUAUUAAUGGAAGAGUAUUGGCUGUUUAUGGUACUAAAACUAUUAAGGAUGAGGCAAUAGAUCAUUUUGAGAAAGUAGGAUAGAUAUUAUUUGAUAACAUAAAGGUUCUUGGUGGAAUUGAAUUAAUUGAAAGCUUAAAAUAAUAAAAAUGA